AACAUAUCUGUCCAAUUCUUUACCAGAAUUCGAAAAAAUGCAAGACCUGUAGAAAGUAGAAACUAGAACCAACCGUUGCAGGGUUUAGGGUUUUGGAUUAUUGAACACUCACCAUCCUUUCCCUCUAUUCCAUUUUCAGUAAUCCUAUUUUCUUGAAAUUUUUCCGCCAGAAUAGCUGGCCUUAAUUUUCUCCACCAUCAAUCCGCCUUCAACCAGCGCCGCCGCCCCCCGCUACUUCGAGAAUCUAGAUCCCGGCUUCAGAAAUUCAACUCCCUUUUCUACGAAUUAUGUGUUAUAGGCCCCUUUCUUCUACUCUGCUAUUCAUUUAAAGAACGAAUUUUCGUCUUUUCUUGUUUCGCUGCUCGGUUGUCAAUGGCGAGAGGCCCUGCGAAGCGGUUGCUUUAUCUCUAUUCCUGCAAGCAGAACUAUCUUUCGGGGGUUAGAAAUUGUCUUUCCACUCGUUUUCUCCAUCAUUCUCAGCCUUCAAAAUCGCAAAUUUAUCCUUUCCCUUUCCCGCAUGUCCCGAAGAAAUUACAGUUACCACCACCCCACUUCACUCAGUUGACGAAAUUUUGCAUUUUCUUGGAUUUUCAUGGGCAUUCGUUGUGUACCCUGUCAGAAAAUGAGAAACCCGUUUUAAAAUCAACGGAAAGCAUUCAAUGUAAAGCUGAUCAUGAGGAUAUGAUAUGCAACCCUGAAACUGAAACUAUAGUGUCUGAGGAUGAAAGAUUGAAUUUUGCAAAGAUAGCAGAGCGCGAUCCUUUGGAAAUAUAUAAAGAGCUGAAGGAUACCCUGAAAGCUGAAAAGCAAUCCCGGAGUGAUUGGGAUGCUUUGAAUGAGAUUUUUAGGUGUUUUUCCAGGUCAGGUUGGGCGUCGAACCAGGCUCUUGCUGUAUAUAUUGGUUCCUCUUUUUUUCCCACAGCAGCUCAUAAGUUCUGCAGUUUUUUCUUAAAGAGAUGUAAGACGGAUCUAGUGAAGUACUUGGCGUCUCUCGGCCCAGGUCAGGAGGCUGAGAAGUUUUUGUUCCCUAUUUUUGUCGAGUUUUGUAUGGAAGAGUUUCCAGAUGAAAUUAAGAGGUUCAGGAAAAUGGUGGAGUCAGCUGAUAUGACAAAGCCGCAUACUUGGUUCCCAUUUGCUAGGGCAAUGAAGCGGAAGAUUAUUUAUCAUUGUGGUCCGACUAAUAGUGGGAAAACGUACAAUGCUUUGCAGAGGUUUAUGGAGGCAAAGAAAGGUGUGUAUUGUAGUCCUCUUAGGUUGUUAGCAAUGGAGGUGUUCGAUAAGGUGAAUGCACUGGGGGUUUACUGUAGUCUUCUCACAGGACAGGAGAAGAAGGAUUUCCCGUUCUCAAAUCAUGUUGCCUGUACUGUUGAAAUGGUGUCGACAGAUGAGUUGUAUGAUGUGGCUGUUAUUGAUGAAAUUCAAAUGAUGGCUGAUCCCUGCAGAGGUUAUGCUUGGACUAGAGCGUUACUCGGGCUAAAGGCUGAUGAAAUACAUUUAUGUGGUGAUCCAAGUGUUCUGAAUGUGGUUAGGAAGAUUUGUUCAGAUACUGGGGAUGAAUUGGUAGAGCAGCACUAUGAAAGGUUUAAACCUCUUGUCGUUGAGGCAAAGACCUUCUUAGGAGACCUGAAAAAAGUGAGGUCGGGAGACUGUAUUGUUGCGUUCUCAAGGAGGGAGAUCUUUGAGGUUAAAUUGGCAAUUGAGAAAUAUACAAAUCAUCGUUGUUGUGUCAUAUAUGGCGCCUUGCCACCUGAGACUCGUAGACAGCAAGCAGCUUUGUUUAAUGAUCAGGAUAAUGAGUUUGAUGUCUUGGUUGCAAGUGAUGCCGUAGGAAUGGGUUUGAAUUUGAAUAUCCGGAGGAUUGUUUUCUAUAACCUUGCAAAGUACAAUGGUGAUAAAAUGGUUCCGGUUCCAGCAUCACAGGUGAAACAGAUUGCUGGAAGAGCCGGUCGUAGAGGAAGUCGCUAUCCGGAUGGGCUGACAACAACCCUGCAUCUAGAAGAUCUGGACUACUUAAUUGAAUGCUUAAAGAAGCCUUUUGACGAUGUUAAGAGAGUGGGACUCUUUCCUUUCUUUGAGCAAGUUGAGUUAUUUGCAGGGCAACUCCCAGAUAUGAAAUUCUCCAAGCUUCUUGAAAAAUUUGGUGAGAAUUGCCGGCUAGAUGGUUCUUAUUUUCUGUGCCAGCAUUUGCAUAUAAAGAAAAUUGCAAAUAUGCUGGAAAGGAUUCAGGGAUUAUCUCUAGAAGACCGCUUCAACUUCUGCUUUGCUCCAGUCAAUAUCAGGGAUCCAAAAGCGAUGUACCAUCUUUUGAGGUUUGCUUCUUCAUAUGCCCAGAAGCUUCCUGUUAACAUAGCAAUGGGCAUGCCCAAAUGUUCUGCCCGCAAUGACUCGGAGCUUUUGGACCUUGAGACUAGGCAUCAAGUGUUGUCAAUGUAUUUAUGGUUGUCUAAUCACUUUGAAGAGGAAAGGUUUCCGUAUGUUAAGAAAGCUGAGACAAUGGCUACAGACAUUGCUCAGUUAUUGGCUGAAUCACUCAUCAAGGCAAACUGGAAGCCAGAAUCAAGAAAUGCUGGAAAAUCAAAGCCACAAGAGAAGGAAGAUGGUUAUGAGAGGCCAAUGUCUCUAAUUAAAUUACGUGAAGGAAAAAGGCAUGAGAGAAGUGAAAAUGCAGAGCAGCUGGAGAAAGUAACUGCAUGAAAUCCUGCUUAUAUAGGUCAUCCGAACCUUCACAUGUGGGGACAUUAUGCUUGGUACUUUCUUCUUUAUGCGCAUCUGAACUAGAAAGAUGUAUAUUCGGAGACACAAAAAUAGCACACAAGAUCAGACGAGACUGCCGCAGGAAACUUCAAAAUGAUUAAGUAACAAAUAAAAGGUAGACGAAUCUUCAGGCCACUGUCAGAUUUGUUUGCGUUGGAGGCGGGACAGCACCAAGACCGACUCUUCUCGAUUCUGCACGAAACUCAUACGUCUCUACAGUUGUGAUGCAUGCUCUGGUCACAGUUCUGGAAAAUUUUCAGAUGUUGAAGUCUUGUACGGUUAUCCACGGAUGCAACUUCUUGGUCAGCCAUGAGAUCUUACAGUCGUAUUCCGGUUCUUUUUAGUGUAGUUUGUUGAGGGUCUGUGUCGCUAGAGUUGACAUUGGAACUGAAGUCGGGGAAUCCUCGUCUCGUCUAUUGUCUCACUGUGAUUUAUGCAUAUCUAGCUACAUAGAACUCAUUGACACUCAUCUAUGAGGAAUGGAGACUGGAUGAAAGUGAAAAAAAUUAUAUUGAUUCACGAAUCUAUCGCCAACGAUCAAAGC